AUGGGCGUUGCCCAAGCCGGAGACCUCAUCACCAAGCCCGCCUUGCUGGGCCUGGAGAGGCAGCGGAAGCUUCGCCUGCAGUACCCCCAGCUGUAAGAGCAUAGAUGAUCUCACCUUGCCUCCUUACCUGCAGCGGCGCUGUAUGCAGGCUCGGCGCUGAGGAGGUGAACCCGGUCCGGGCAAUCGAGGUGAGGCUGUAACGCGGGCAGAGGCAGACAGACAUGCAGCCGUCGCUGCCGUGUGUACACAUGUAGGAGCUGCCCGGUGAGGUGGAGACACUUUUGAAGCAGUCCUCGAUGUUCAAGCACUGCAGCUGCUGCGAACCCAUCGCCUGA